UCAUCCUUCCCACCUUCCCUCCCUCCCCCACUCCACUCGUCCUCCUCGUCCUCGACUACUUGAACUCUCUCUCUCUCUUGUCAUCUCUUCUCAACUACUCUUCUCUCCAUCUCUUCAUCUCUCCUCACUCCCCCUCCUCACUCGAACCAGCCUCGCGCGCACUUCCAGACACAGCGCUCCCCCCCGCUCGCUCACGCUCUUGCCACCCAACCCCCCCCUCGUGUCCCCCCACCCCCAACACUCACCCCCCACUCGCGUGACUCAUCAUGUCCACCCUCUCAAAGCGCCGCCUCAUUCGCGACUUCAAGCGCUUGACCGCUGAGGCCCCAGAGGGCAUCUCGGGAAGCCCAUGCCCCGAUAACAUCAUGGUCUGGAACGCCGUCAUCUUUGGUCCUGCCGACACGCCCUUCGAGGACGGCUCGUUCCGUCUCACUCUCACAUUCACCGACGCAUACCCAAACAAGCCGCCGACGGUGCGCUUUGUCUCGCGCAUGUUCCACCCCAACAUUUACAACAAUGGCGAACUGUGUCUCGACAUUCUGCAGAACCGAUGGUCCCCAACGUACGACGUGGCGGCUAUUCUUACCAGUGUGCAGAGUCUGCUCAACGACCCUAACCCUAGCAGCCCGGCCAACGUUGAGGCCGCUACUCUGUUCAAGGACAACAAGCAGGAGUAUGAGAGGCGCGUAAAGAUCACCGUCGAGCAGUCAUGGGUGGACGACGAGGAUCUGCAAAGCCAGGCUGAACAGUCGUCGCGCCCCACCGUCUCUGCCUAGGUUCAUCAACUCUGAUGUCGUCGCCCAUCGCCACGUGCUCGGUGCCAGCUGCAGGCCGCUCUCUCAGGCACUCGCGCCGGCCAGCCUUCUCGCGGGCAUGGACCAUUGUAUUAGUAUAAGCCCAGGCGUACCCGUCUGGCAGUCACAGCAUUGAGAUAUCCCCAUCGUGCCCGCCCAUGCAUUCCGUGUUUUAUCACAGGCGGCGCUUGUAGCGCCUGUAGGCGAGGAGUAUGGUGCGUGUGACCGUGACCUGC